AUGAUAUCAGUCUGCAUUGUCCAUGGAGGUGUUGGCCCACAUUUCUUUUCCAAACUACUUUUCACGCAGCUGUGUGGGAAGAACACACAACCUGCAGUCUUCGAAGACAUUGGAGACUACUCUUUGAAAGAGAAAUUACUCAAGACAACAUCUCAGCAGGGUUCGAGUUCCCAAGAGCUCCCCACUACAUCUACACUUCAUGAAGUUGGAUGUCUGUCAGACCCUAUAGAGACCGAAACUGUAGCCACAGAGAUAAAGCCAAAGAUGCGAUCAGUGGGCACACAACUUUCAAUGGGCAUUCAGGCAACAUAUUAUGGUCAUGAUGUGGGCACCCAAACAACUGAGAUGUUUCCUGAUGUGCAGCUGUCUUCAACACCAGUAAGGGGCUCAGUCUUCAGGCCCAGUAAGAGACCUCGUCUGGUGUUAGAUGAGGAAGAAGAAUCAGAAUUAAAUGUCGAACCCACCGAUUCCACAUAUAACCCAGAUUCUGUUGUUAGUGAAGAAUCAGAAUUGGCGAUAGAUCCACAGCCCGACCACAGCGAUAACAAAUACAUUGUUUUUGAAAGCUGUCUUCGAGAGCUGUUUGUGUCCUGUCCAAUUUGUAAGACAAAGUGUGUUGUCCAGAUCAGACGAAGGGGGACUUUUGUUGCAUUCACCCAGCUUUGUGAAAAGUGUAACUACUACAGACAGUGGCAGAGCCAGCCCAUUGUAGGGAGUACCCCACUUGGAAACCUGCUAUUGUCUGCUGCAACGUAUUUUACCGGUGGAUCUUUUAAACAACUAGAGAAGAUUUUCAAGGCCAUGAAGCUCCAGAUGAUGCAUUUCGUAACUUUUAGGAUUCAUGCCAGGAAUUUCAUUGAGCCUACAAUAAUACACAAGUGGAACCAAGAUCAACUGAAUCUUAUUAGACAGCUGCAAGAGGGAGGAAAUGUUGCUGUGGCUGGAGAUAUGCGUGCUGACACGCCAGGACACUCAGCAAAAUUUGGCAGCUACACCAUUAUGCACAUGGAAACCAACAAAAUUCUGGAUCUUCAACUAGUUCAGGUUAGUAAUUAA